AUGUCCAACGAAAAGGCGGCCCUCCCCACCACUCAGCCUCCUGCCCAGCCCCAGCCUGCUCCCCGCUCCAGGGCAUACAAAGCACUCCUCCCCCUCGUCGGCGUCCUCGCCUUCCUCCUCAUCCAAAACUCGCAUCUCUUGACACUUCCCGGCUGCAGCCACGCCAACCACGACUUGGUAGCAGCUGCCAAAUGCCCAGCCCAACCUGCCCCCCUCAACGUGGGUGAAGAUUGGAACCCCCUGACAGACACUGUCUACGGCGAACUCGCCGCCAAGAGACUCUCCAAGGCCGUCCAGAUCGACACCGUCUCUUUCGACGAUCUUCCCCUCAAUGCCUCGGACCCCAAAUUCGACAAGCACUUUGCAUUCGCGCACUUUGUCGAGACAGAGUAUCCCAAGCUGUACCAAAGCUUGAAGCACGAAAGUGUCAAUGUCCACGGACACCUCUUCACGUGGGAGGGUAGCAACCCUGACUUGAAGCCUAUUCUCCUCAUGGCGCAUAUUGAUACUGUCCCCGUCCUCCCCGAGACUCUGGACCAGUGGAGAUACCCCCCGUUUGAAGGGUCCAUUACAACGGAUGGCACCGUGGAUUCGCCUGGUACUUGGAUCUGGGGUCGAGGGUCCAGUGACUGCAAGAACUCUCUCUUGGGCAUCUAUGGCGCCGUUGAGAGACUUGUCAGCGAGGGCUACAAGCCCGAACGGACCAUCAUCAUCUCCAAUGGAUUUGACGAAGAGAUUGGCGGUCUUCGUGGAUCUGGCGCUUCGUCUGAAUUGCUGCAAGAGAGAUACGGGCACCAUGGUAUCGCUUUCCUCGUGGACGAAGGAUUCACCGGGGUCACCGAAGAGUACGGAGCAACUGUGGCUAGCCUCGGGAUGGCUGAGAAAGGGUCCGUCAAUGUCAACAUCAAGGUCGAGACCCUCGGUGGUCACUCGAGUGUACCUCCUCCUCAUACCGGCAUCGGGUUCAUGGCUCUCAUACUCGCCGAGCUCGAAAGGAACCCGUUUGAACCUUCUCUCGACCCUGCUGCGCCAUACCUCAAGUACCUCUCCUGCAUCACCGACUUUGCUCCUGACGUCCCCAAGUCUCUCAAAUCCCAAGUCAAGAACCCCAAAAAGUGGGACAAACUUGCGUAUGAGCUUGCUGCUGGCGACAGGACCAUCAACAGUUUCCUUUCCACCACACUCGCUAUUGAUCUGAUCAACGGAGGUGUCAAGGUCAACGCUUUGCCUGAAUUUGUCCAGGCAACUGUUAACCACCGAAUCGCCUUCACGUCCACUGUCAACGAGACCCUUCAACACUACCUUGACAUCGUCGUGCCCCUUGCUGAGUCUUUGAACUUUACCAUCUCUGCAUUCGGAGACUCGUCACAAAAGGCGUCGUCUUCGCACAUAACACUUGAUGCUCCAGGCGGCUUUGAGUCUGCCCCCAUUACGUCUGCAGACUCGAAAAGCUUUGAGUUGAUGGCCGGGACUUGUAAGCACGUAUUCGGCAACGACACCAUUGUGGCGCCUUCGGGCAUGUUUGCAAACACGGACACAAAGCACAUGUGGCCGGUGACAAAGAAUAUCUACCGCUUCUCGCCUGCUCUCAACUCUGAGAAUCUGCAUCAGCACACUGUCGAUGAGCGCAUCAGCCUGAACGCUCAUUUGAACACCACCAGAUUCUUCUACAAGCUCCUUCGAAAUUCGGACGGCUGGACUGACGAUGCUUGA